AUGGCGGCCGCGUCGCUCAAGCUCGCCAGCCCCGAACCUCUCGCCUCAGCGCCGUCCGCGCUCCUCCGCGGGCGCCGCGCCCAGGCGCGGCCCCUCCCGGCGCGCCGUCUCGCUCCGCCCGCCUGCGUCGCCGUGCAGCCCCCCGCCGCGCCGGCCGCGCCGCGCAUCGGCUCCUUCGACAAGGUGCUGGAGGCGCUGAUCGGCGGGACCGACUUCUCGGAGGAGGACGCAGAGGCGACGCUGCGGCUGCUCCUCGACGAGAAGGAUGAGGCGCGCAUCUCCGCCUUCCUCGUCCUCCUCAGGGCCAAGGGCGAGACCUACGAAGAGAUCGUGGGGCUAGCGAAGGCGAUGCUGAGCUGCUGCGUCCGGGUCGACGGGCUGGACGACGCCGUCGACAUUGUUGGGACCGGCGGCGACGGCGCAGACACCGUCAACAUCUCCACCGGGUCCACCAUCCUCGCCGCCGCGGCCGGCGUCAAGGUCGCUAAGCAAGGAAGCAGGGCCAGCUCGUCGGCGUGCGGCAGCGCCGAUGUGCUGGAGGCGCUUGGGGUCAACAUCGAGCUUGGACCUGAGGGUAUUAAACGAUGUGUCAAUGAGGUGGGUGUUGGAUUCAUGAUGUCUGCAAAUUAUCAUCCUGCAAUGAAAAUUGUCAGACCUGUGAGGAAGAAGCUUAAGAUAAAGACAGUUUUCAAUAUCCUUGGUCCUCUAUUGAAUCCAGCAAGGGUGCCUCAUGCUGUUAUUGGUGUUUACCAUGAAAACAUAGUUACCAAGAUGGCUAAGGCUGCUCAGAAAUUUGGAAUGAAGAGAGCAUUGGUCGUCCAUUCAAAGGGUUUGGAUGAAAUAAGCCCACUUGGUCCUGGAUAUAUCCUUGAUGUUACUCCAGGAAAGAUUGAAAAAAUGCUCUUCGAUCCAUUGGAUUUUGGCAUUCCUCGUUGCACAUUGGAAGAUCUGAAAGGAGGUGAUCCAGCAUUUAAUGCAAAAGUUCUCCAGGAUGUUCUUGCUGGUCAAAGGGGGUCCAUUGCAGAUGCCCUUGUUCUAAAUGCCGCUGCAUCCCUACUUGUCAGUGGUAAAGUGAAGAAUUUACAUGACGGUGUUGCACUAGCACAGGAGACACAGCGGUCCGGCAAAGCCAUUAAUACACUUGAGUCUUGGAUAAAGGUUUCAAAUAGUUCCAGAGACUGA